AUGGAGUCUUCACUUAGUAAUGGCAAACAGCUGCGGGUUCUGUACAGCAACACGCGUGGGCAAUCCGAGGUCAAUGCCCGGGAGUUUCUCCAGGAGCGCGUUGUUGGUUUCGACAUGCAAUGGUUCUGUGAUCCAACGGGCCGCAAAUAUCCGAACUCGAUGCAGGAUAACGUCUCAAUGAUCGUCCUCGCCUGUGAGAAUACCAUCGCUCUAUUCCAUCUCGGACUCCAUCAAGGGGACUGCCCCGAAACCAUUCUCGCACCCACCUUACAGAAGAUUAUCGAAUCCCCAGAGGUGAAGAAAGCCGGUCUCAGCGUUAUGGGCGACUUUGAGCGAUUGAAAACCUACCUUGGCCUCCAGCCACGAGCUGCUUUUGAGCUUCACCAUCUACACCGUCUGGUGAAGUUUGGCGGCCGGAAUGGAACGCGGUCUGAGGUCAACACCGACAUCACCGGCUGUGCCCUGUCAGUCCUUGUGGAGGAGCAUUUUGGCUUGCCGUUCGACAAGAACGCUCGAGAUGGCGACUGGAGCAAGCCUCUGACGGCACAUCAGUUGGAGUACGCCACUAACGCAGGCUACGCCAGCUAUAUGCUCAAGAAAUGGGAAUGGGAGAACGAGUACAAGACCAUGCGGCUGGAGCCUAUGGAGGAAGGGCAAUCAUAUACCGAUACCCACAGAUACUUCUUCCUAUCGGACCCAGUGCGUGCCCAACUCCGAGAAUGGCGCUCCAUCCGGGCUACAUUAGAGGGCCGCGAUGGGAGCCGUAUCCUUCCAGACGCUCUAUUGAGCGCCAUCGUCUCCCGCCACCCCGUCACGCUUGACGAUCAGUACUGGUAUUUUAUGACUGGAAUGGGCCCUUGGAAGUGGAAGGAGUACGCUUCCGACUGGAUGAAGAUCACUGCUUCCCAGGGCACCAUACCAAUGACAUAG